AUGUCGCAGCCCCCCUUCCCGCUGUCCUGCACGCCCUGGGGAGCUCUGCACUACCAGCACAGAUGCAGUAGUUACAACAAAUGUGUGGAAGAAGAUAAAACGCAUGAAGAAGCAGUUAGUAGCUCUGUAGAUCCAUGGGGCGACAGACUUGUAAGCAGUUCGCUGUGUCAAACGCCCAGCACCUCUAGGAAAGAAGCUGCUUCACCACAUGUGACCACAACACACUCAGGCGGUGGUCGUCGUGGAGCACUGCAGCUGUGGCAGUUCCUGGUCUCGUUAUUGGCGGAAGGGGCGCGUUGUGUUGCCUGGACCGGACGGGGACUGGAGUUCAAGCUUCACGAGCCUGAAGAGGUGGCGCGUAGAUGGGGCGCUCAAAAAAAUCGACCAGCGAUGAACUAUGAUAAGCUUUCACGAUCUUUAAGAUACUACUAUGAGAAGGGAAUCAUGCAGAAAGUUGCAGGCGAACGUUACGUCUACAAAUUCGUGUGCGACCCAGAGGCUCUAUUCAGCAUGGCCCGAGCCCCACAACCAUGUGACGUCAUAUCUCAUCUCUACUAUCCCCCCUAUUUACCCCCCACAAGCACAGCAAGCUCAGAAUACCCCACCACUAGUAUUGGGAGACGGUUCUACGAAAACACUCAGUUUGAUAAUACAUGAGUUUACAUCAUUUAUGUAAGAUAGUCUAAGUAUUAGAGAUAUAGGUUAUAACACAUUUAUAUUUUAUACCUUAAUUACCUUAUGUUUGCCAGACUGCAGUAUAUUCAAGUUCUUAUGUGAAGUCUGAAGUCUUCGUAUAUGUAAUAUAAUGAUAAUUUAUUUAUUUUAGCCGUACUAAAAGGCCAUAAGCACAAACAUAAUCCUUAUAAUAUAAUAAUGCUUAUAAUUAAUAGCAUUACAAAAAAUACUUUGAAUUACGAAUUACAACCAAAGACCCUAAGAGAGUGAUAACAUGCCCUUCCUGUAAUCUGAUGGGCGAUCCGAAAUAAUAUCAAGAGUUUAGAUUGUUGUUAUUGGACAGAGGAAAACCAAAAACCCUUCCCCAAGACCUACUGUUAUCACACAUAGUGAAUAUAUACUGUUUAUGGGAUGUGUCGCAGCCAACUAGCUUAAUUAGCCGUACAAUUAACAGCCUAGCCUUUUAACUAAACGGCGCCGUUUAACUAGCGGCCUGAAAGAUGUUCAGCCAGUUUAUCAAACAGCUAGGCAAGUUGGAUGGCUAGUUGGCUGCGACAUAAGCACCAAAUGACCUAAGGAACUAGGAUCAGAAGUACAAGGGAUGUUCACAAGGUUCGGACAGACUUGAAAGAGUCUUCGCCACUUUGAGAAAGUGUUCUGCUUUCACAUGUGAUGAGGAACAUGAUGUAAUGGCAAGUUACAAAUAUUUUGUUAAAUAAACACCUUGGGGAUUUAAGAGUAACGUACAGUUUGCCAGUUCUUCUCGUCCGUUCUACGCUUGAUUUGAAAAGUAAAUGUCAAUUUAGAAGCAUAAUUUUUUUACUGACGAAUAUAUUACACUACACGAAUAAAUUACAUUUUAAUUUUGAUGCGAGAUUUGAAUGUUCUAUGAAAUUUGAAUUUGAAAUUUAAAGAGCUGUAAAACCAUUUUUCUGUAUGAACUUGUUAAUUAGAAUAUAGUUUCUUUUGUCUGUUAUUAACUUCGAUAAUAAUACAGAAACAAGUCUGAGCCGAGAAAACGCCUUGGGCCGCCGCAGGGUAGUCAACCACCUGAAGGGUAGGAUGGAAUCUUACUGGAGUGAGUACGUAGUAAAGAACUCCGCCUUCCCCGGUGAAGGCCGUUUUUUUACCCUAAUCUGACUUCGAUUUUACUUAGUUGCGGGGCGACUUUAAUGUGUUAUUAGCUAUAGUCAAUGAAUCAUGCGGAUUUGUUAGAACGUGUCUUUUGUGUCGGCAACGGGUUUGGAUGGUGUUUAGCCUUGUCGAAGUGGCGUGUGGACGCUAACUUCAUCCAUUGGGUUGUGGUAGGGCCUCGAUCGAUAGGCCGAGAGGCCUAAGGCCGUCAAGUUGUAUAUAUACCUACUUAGCGGGUGGAAUAACUUCGUUAGUGUUUUAGGGACGAUCAGGUCAUCGGAGUGAUUCUAGAAUGUAUGAGGCUAGUUUUACUCUAAAUAUUACUUGAAUACAUUAGUCGUUCAAACUUCAACUAGACUCCAGAGUCCUCCUUGUUCGUAUAAAAACAGUGUUAUUACGCGAAUUUAUAUUUCCUAUCGACUUGUGUCUACGCUGUACAUACUCCUACAGGAAAUAACUAUGGACUUCAACAUAUGCUGUAGAUACAUCUCUACCAACCCUUUCAAACUAUUAAUAUAUGUAUGCUAAACGAUUGCAUUAUGUUCAUCAAUGUAAAUAGGAUUAUUACAAGAAUUGCUCAGUCUAAUAUGUACAUAAAAAUACUGUCUUCGCACAUUUAUUUUAUUUAUAAUAUGUAAGAAAUUUUGGCUACAACCUUAUAUGUCUGGGCCUCAGAUUUCUGUUUCUUUUUUGUGAUCAUUUUUAAUAGGAUUGAUGCAAAUAUUAGCAGGCCAAAGACAACUCUGCUCUAGCCAGAAAGUAUAAUAAAUAUAAACUAUAAUCGAAGCGAAUGGAAAAGGAAUUCUCCAGGACCUCAAAACAAUAGAUGUUGAAAGUUGGACGCAAGAAGCACGAGAUAGAUAACAAAGUAGUUUACUUGCGGAGGCCAACGCUAAGGCCCACAAGGGGCUGUACAGCCAUUGAUGAGGAUGAUGAUGAACCGAAGCGAAUAUAGUAAAAAUCGAAACGUCAUUAUAUUAGUUGUUCAAUAUAAUGACGUUUCGAUUAAACGUCAAAAACGAUUAAACGUCGUUAAAAUGCAGUGUUAAGUGCAUGGCAAAAAUCUUGAGUUGAAACUUCGGACACAAAAAUAAAUUCUCUAAAAUAAUUUCGUUAAUUAAUAAUUUAAAGCAGAAGUUAAGCGUGGAUCACAAUAAGGUUGUUUGUUCAUAUAGCGGUUGUGCAGACAAUGGAUAUUGUGAAUCACGAUGACGGCAUGUAUUAGACCCCAAAAAUGUGUCAGGCACAGGAGUCUUACCGACUUGUCUAUAGAAAAGAAAAUACUAGAUUUGACAAGACAAAAUUUAUGAUCAAGCGUAUAGGUAAUACGUUUAACUUUUUUGUUCUCCAUUAAGAAGUUUAUAAUAGUUCGGCAUAGAUCCAAGCAAAAGUGGUUAACUAAUCUAACGUAAUAUCAAUAAUAACGUAUUUUGCUGUAUAUUAUAUAAUUAUUAAUCCAUAAUAAAUAAUCUGAACGAUGGACGAUUUUAAAAGUCUACUAGACACUAUCAUAAUCGUAAAAUGUUCUAAUGUUUUUAUAAAUUAAAUAAAUUAUGUAGAACAUUCAUAUUUGUACAUUCAUAGCUAAAAUUUAAAAACGUUUUUUUAUCUACAAGGAUAAAACUGAAUUACCUACAUCCCAAAGCUGGGCAUGGAUUAAUUAGAAGUAUCAAUUACUCUAGUCAUAGAAUACUUAAUCUAAAAUUAUUCUAAAUUGUGCAAUA